CGCAACGCCUCCUUUCAGUUUUCUUCUUCUCUCGAGCCUCCUCCUCUGCCCAUAAAUUCUUCACCCGUUCUCUCACUCCUUCAACCCCGCCACUCGCCCUUUCUCUCUCUAGAAAGUUCCUGACUGAGAGUUUGGAGUAAGAAAAUAUGAAAGCUUCCUUGAAAGGAGAGGACAUUCCCAGCCACGUCACAGCUUCUGCCGGUGAUGAUCGCCGGUUUCUCAAAUCCGUCCACGAUAACGUCCACGGAAACAUGUACCUCGAUCCGCUCUCUUUGAAGUUUAUCGAUACUGAACAGUUUCAGAGGCUUCGUGAUUUGAAGCAGCUCGGUAUGACAUACUUGGUUUAUCCAGGGGCUGUCCACUCUCGUUUUGAGCAUUCGCUUGGGGUUUAUUGGCUUGCUAACAAAGCAAUGGAUAAACUUAAAAGAUAUCAAGGCUUGGAGCUUGGUAUUGAACAGAUUGAUGUUCAGACAGUAAAAUUAGCUGGAUUACUGCAUGAUGUGGGACAUGGGCCAUUCAGCCACAUGUUUGAGCGAGAGUUUCUUCCACGAGUUGUUAAUGGCUUAAAAUGGUCACAUGAAGACAUGUCUUUGAAGAUGACAGAUUACAUUGUUGAUGAGCAUAACAUUGAUAUUGAUCCUGAAAAUCUUAAAAAAGUCAAGGACAUGAUAAAUGCCUCUGAGCGCUCCAUCUCAACAAGCUUUAAAGAGAAGAGUUUUCUAUAUGACAUUGUUGCUAAUGGACGAAAUGGAAUAGAUGUUGACAAAUUUGAUUACAUAUCUCGUGACUCCCGUGCUUGUGGCCUAGGGUGCAAUUUUCAGUUUCGGAGGCUUUUUGAAAAUAUGCGAGUGAUAGAUGAUGAGAUUUGCUAUCGAGCUAAGGAAUAUCUUACAGUCCACAAGUUAUUCUCUUCAAGGGCCGAUUUGCAUCGGACUGUCUAUAUGCAUCCAAAAGUGAAGGCAAUAGAACUUAUGUGUGUUGAUGCCAUGAUAAAAGCAAAUGAUUAUCUUCAGAUUGCAUCGUUCAUUGAUGAUCCUGCUCAGUAUUGGAAGUUAGAUGACACAAUACUGAAAACCAUUGAAACUUCUUCCCACCAAGAAUUGAAGGAAUCCAGGGAUUUGAUCCUUCGCAUCAGGAGAAGGGAUCUUUAUCAGUUUUGUAACCAGUUUGCUGUUCCAAAGGACAGAUUGGAUCACUUUAAAGUAGCAACUCCACAAGAUAUAGUUUGUUCCCAGAGAUCCGGUGGUAUUACAUUGAAAGAGGAAGAUAUAAUUGUGACAAAUGUGAAGAUUGACCUGACUCGAGGAAGGGAAAAUCCACUUGAAAGCAUCAAAUUUUUCGAGGACUUUGCGAGCACUGAGAAAUUCUCUAUUAAGGAUGACCGGAUCAGUCACUUGCUGCCUGCUUGCUAUCAAGACAUGAUAGUGAGGGUGUACGCCAAGAAACCUGAACUGGUCGAAGCAGUAUCAGAGGCAUUUGAAAACUUUCAGAUGCGGACCUAUGGGAUGAAAACCCAAGUACAUGGAACUCCCAACUCAAAGAAGAAACGCCAAAGGAGCUGAGGUUCUCAGUUUUGACUAAUUCAAGUGCAGUACACGCUCCGCAGUAUUUUAAAUGGUAGAUCAUCAGUGUAGAUAGUAUGUCAAGGUAAGUAGGUGUACAAGUGCUUGUGAUUUCUUACAAAUGUCAAAUGCACAGCCCCACGUGCAACAACUGCAAUGUCUCUUUAAGAGUACGUAUUCUUCAGCAAGUUUUAUUGCUGCUCGCAUUAGUGCUAACUGCUAAAAAGGAUGCGAUUGGUUGGCUUUGGUUCAGAUAGUUGGACCAAACAUUCCUCGUUAACACCUCACAGCGCAAGGGGAUGUCUUUUAUGAUUUAUCACUGAGAUACGCAGAGAUACUCUAUCUUCCACUCAAUUGCUCUU